AUGGUAGAUAUUGUCGAAAAACGGUCCCCUUUCCCCCUUCGAUAUCCUCUCCUGCUUAUUAUACCUAUAAAAGGUGACGCUGCCCAGAAAGUCAAUGAUAUCGUUAGAGAUUUCCGCCUUCAGCCCUCCAGCUUCGAUAAAGCCUCCUACGAGGACUAUCUUAGAGGCUAUCUUCGGAAGGUCGUUAAUGCGCUCAAGUGGAAGAAUGUUCCUAACGAAGAAGUUAUUACCUUCCAGAGGGGAGCUUUAGCUCACAGGAAGAGAAUUCUUGAUAGCUUUGAAGAUUGGGAGUUCUACACCGGCGAAUCCAUGGAUGAAAAUGGCAUGGUCGUUCUGCUCAGCUACCGCGAGGAUGGCAAUACCCCUUUUGCUGCGUACUGGAAGCACGGUCUCGAGGAGAUGAAGGUCUAA